ACAUUUUACAGUGAGUUUAGUAUAAAGAAAAAACAAGAAUUUUUGUAAACACAAAAAAGCUUAGAUUUCCUAUUUAAUUGCAAAAAUAUAAUUUCAUGUUCUUAAUUAAUAAAUAAAUCUUAAUAAUGACUGAAAAUCCGAUAAAAAAGUGUAGAACUUGUCUUAAAAAUAGUACAAAAUACUAUCCACUUAACAAAUAUGUAGUAGGAUGCAAACCAAAGGCCACCUAUGGACAGCUAUUAAAGAAGUAUGCCAAUUUUGAGUGCCCUUCCCGGGAUUAUGAGCAUUACAUGCCACAAUAUUUAUGUUUAUUAUGUUGCCGAGAUUUGAGAAACGCCUAUGGUUUUAUAAGACAAGCACAAUAUUGCAAUAAUAAACUAUUAAAUGUUAUAGCUAAACAAUUGUCUAGUCUGCAGGAAAAAGCCAUCAUAUUGCCAACACAAGGAAGUAAACUGGAACACCCACUUACUAUCAAAAAGGAAAAUAAUAACGACGAGGGCAAUAGCAUGGCAAAUCUACAAGAUAACGUUUUGAAUGAGUUUAGAAUAGUAAGUACAAGUGCUCUUCUGAAAUCAGAAGUUUUGGAGGAAACAAACGAGGAGAAUGAAGGAGCCAUACAAUAUUAUGUCGAUGAAAUUGAAGAUGAGGAAUUUGAAGGAAGCCAACAAAAUGACCAUAAUAAUACCAUAAUAGAGUGCUCCUCAACCUCUAAUACAAAUAACACAGAUACAGCUUCAAUUAAGGAACAAGACGAUAUUGAAAUUGAUACCGUCUGUCCGAUAUGUGAUAAAACAAUUAAUAGACAAGAUAAUUUAGUAACACAUAUGCGUACACACCAUGAUUUUGAAGUGCCCAGAGAACUUUUAAAUUUGCAAAGAUUAAACCAACAGGAACAAGUGUAUCCUAACAAAUGUACAAAUAAAACGAAAUGUUUAAAACGUGUGAAAAACAUCAAGCAACGAACUAAAGAAAGAAAACAGAUCCCAAGACGUUUGGAUAGAAUUCUGAAGUGUAAUUUAUGUGACUAUACGACAAGACAUUAUUCAGCUAUAAGUUUUCACCAUCGCUCAAAGCAUGGCUCAGAAGAUGACAAAUUUAAAUGUAAAUUUUGCCCUUACACGACUUUUAGAAAGUUUAGCCUAAUAGCGCAUGUGAAAAAUCAACAUAAAGAAUUAAUAAAAACUCUUAAAGCAGAUGCUGAUAACAAGGAACAAGGUGAAUCUCUAAAUAAGGAUGAUAAUACCACUAAUCCUGAUGUCACUUCUAGCGAUGACGAAACUUCUUUAACCCAAAAACCUGUUAAACCUUUAGAAACGCCAUAUUUUAACAACGAAAUGUUGGAGGAAAAAGAAGCCUUAAGUGAUGAAAUGUUUAUAAGAAAUAUUUUUAAUAUUCAAAAGCGUCAGGUGAAUACAUUUUCUACCAGAUCUUUACCCCGACGUUGUGAUAUAUGUGGCAAUAUUUAUAACAAUUAUCGGGCUCUCAAGACCCAUCAAAAAAACGUACACAUUUCCGAAGAGAAAUAUAGCUUAUGUACUCAUUGUGGUAAAAAGUUUAAAAAAGCAGCUAAUCUACGAGUACAUAUUAAUAAUGUUCAUUUGCCCAAAGACUCGAAGGAAAUUAGUAAAUCAUCAGCACCGGUUGCACCCAAAGAAAAACGUUUUAUGUGUACAGAAUGUUCUUAUGUUUGUGCCACCAUAACUACAUUAACUAUUCAUAGAAAUCGUCAUCAUACUGGUGAAAAACCUUAUAAAUGUGACAUUUGCUCUAAAUCAUUCUUUAUUCCAUACGAUUUGAAGAUACAUCGUUAUUUACAUACCGGUGAAAGGCCAUACAAGUGUUCUUAUUGUUCGAAAGGUUUCCGCAACACUGCACAAUUGAUAAAACACAAACGUGUACACAAUAAGGAACGUCCCUAUAAGUGUAAGGAUUGUGGCAAGAGUUUUACACAAGCGUAUAAUUUAACAUUGCAUAAGAGGGCCCAUUUAAAAGAAAAGAAACUGAAUUGUACGGUUUGCGAUAAGAUUUUUGAAAAUCUAUCUGAAUUGAAUAUCCAUCGUAUAAAUGAGAAUCAUCCGGAUGUUGAUACUUAAAUUGUAAAUUCAGAUUUUUUAUUAUUUGUUAAAAAAAAAACUUAAUAAAAUCUUCAUAUGUA